CUCCACAAUGAUAAACCUUCCACUAGGAGCUGUUGGGGAGACCGCGCUGCAUCUGGCCGUGUUACACGACAACCUGGAGUCUGUGAAGGUCCUGCUGGAACAUGCCCCGCAGCUUGUCAACAUCCCCAUGACAUCUGACCUGUACAAAGGUCAAACAGCUUUGCACAUCGCUGUCAUGCGGCAGAACGUGGCGAUUGCUCAGGAGCUGAUCAGGAAUAAAGCGAAUGUGUGUUCGGCCCGGGCAGUCGGCACUUUUUUCCAACAUAAACCUAAUUCCUUCUAUUACGGGGAGCACAUUCUUUCCUUUGCCGCAUGUGUCGGUAAUGCCGAGCUGGUGCGCUUAUUGCUGCUACAUGGAGCCGAUGCUCAGGCGAAAGAUUCCCAUGGAAAUACCGCCCUCCACAUCCUGACCCUACAGCCCAACAAGAUGUCCGCCUGUCAGAUCUAUGACCUUAUAGUCGGCUACCACAAGGAGAAACAUGGACCAGGGCUAGAAGAGAUAUACAACCACAAUUACCUUACCCCAUUAAAGAUGGCCGCUCUGGAAGGUAACGCUGUGAUGUUUCAGCACAUAGUCCAGAAGAGAAGACAACUACAGUGGACAUUCGGCCCCAUAAGCUGCUAUCUCUAUGACCUAACUGAGAUUGACUCCUGGGAUGAUCCUCAGUCUGUACUGGAUUUGGUAGUUUCUGGGAAAAAAAGAGAGGCACGGAGGAUAUUGGACUUAUCUCCCGUGAAGGAGCUGGUCAACAGGAAGUGGCAGAGGUUUGGCCGGCCAUAUUUCUGGACCUUGGGUGCACUUUAUAUUGCCUACAUGAUCAUUGUGUCUCUAGUUUGCGUAAGCCGACCUCUCAAACCGAGAACAGACAACGCUACAAAUCCCAGGGAUAUCACUAUUAUGGUGCAGAAGACCCUAAAAGAGGCGUAUGUCACAUCUGAAGAUUACAUACGUCUAGCGGGAGAAAUCAUUAGCGUCAUAGGAGCUAUAUUAAUUCUAUUACUAAAGAUUCCGGACCUGUUACGUAUACGGGAAGCAAGAUUUCUGACCCAAGCAGUACAAGGAGGACCAUUUACUCUUAUUAUCAUCUCUUACCCAUGUCUGGUUGUGGUGACACUUAUUCUAAGACUAACCAACACCGAUGGAGAGGUCAUCCCGAUGUCUAUACUCUUAGUGCUGGGCUGGUGCUACAUCAUGUAUUUUGCCCGUGGAUUCCAGAUGCUUGGACCCUUUACCAUUAUGAUACAUAAGAUGAUUUUUGGGGACCUGUUGCGCUUCUGUUGGCUGAUGGUUGUGGUCAUUUUUGGAUAUACCACUGCCUUUUACAUCAUAUUCCAGACCGAGGACUCCAACCAGCUUGGACACUUCUAUGAUUACCCUAUGGCCAUGUUCAGCACCUUUGAACUCUUCCUUAACGUCAUCAACUCUCCAACAAACUACAAUGUGGACCUCCCCUAUAUGUUCCACGUUGUCUACUUCAGCUUCACCAUCAUUGCCAAUCUUCUCAUGUUAAACCUCUUGAUAGCCAUGAUGGGGGAUACUCACUGGAGGGUGGCGCAGGACAGAGACGAGCUAUGGAGAGCUCAGGUUGCCGCUACCACUGUUAUGUUAGAGAGGAAGCUCCCACGAUGUCUCUGGCCUCGAACCGGAGUGUGCGGCACUGAGUAUGGCCUAGGGGAUCAUUGGUAUCUUCGUGUGGUGGUGAGGAAGGACCUAAGUGAACAGAAGAUCCGCCGAUAUGUUGAAGCAUUCCAAGGACCUGAAGGGGAGCACCUUGAGAAGAACACUCACGAUAGCCUAAAAUCGGACAAAACAUUUUCCUCAACCAUAAAGCCUAAUCUUCCCAUCAUAAAGGUCACACAAGGGAAUGCACAUGAGCCAAAGACUUCACCAAUACGAAACCCACAAGUACAUGAGGACACAACUUCCAAGCCCAGUACACAAAAGACCUAUCUUGAGAUACCACAAAUACAUGUAGAACCACAAAGAUCACAAUUUCCAAGUCCCAAUCAUGAAACAGCAUCAAGAGUACGGACAGCUAGCGGCCGUGGGUGGCAAAUAUUGAGAUCAGUUCCUUUACACAAACUACAGGUACAAGUACAAGUACAAGCCAGUCAUGAUGGAGAGGAACAAAUACUCCAUGUCUGAACACUCGGCCUAAACAUUUGUGGUGGUCUCUUUUGAACCGUUUCUGGAGACACGAGUUCAAACCUUUUUCCCUAAGGAAAAACUUAACUCAAGGAGUUAAAUCUUGGUCUUAAUACAAAGACUUUUUGCUUUUCUACAUAUUUUGUAGCUGUUCACGACUAUUGGUCAUGGGAGAAACUUUGGACAAGAAGCUAAUGAUGAAGAAACGGAUAUCUGUCUUAGAAGCCAGUAUUAAAACUUCUUUUUUUUUAAGUAUGUAUUAAUCCUUGGAAAGCUGUGAUAUGAUAACCACAUUGCCCUGUUAUAAAGUUGUGUAUCACUGCUUAUUAACAGAUGAAGGAUUGUCAACUUGCUAAUAGGAAUUGCAAAAAUUAACCUUAACAAAAAUGAAAUUUAUUUUAUAAUAAAUGAAAU